CCUUGUGUUCAUGAGUUCGUGUUGUGGGAUCUGUCAAAAUUAUAUAAAUACGGUGUUUGUAAUAAGACUUAUUGUUUCUAUCUGAUUACGUUUUGAUACGCGGUUUUAUUAGUGUUUACGCGAUGGGUGAUAGCGUAGAAGCAAGGCCAAAGGCUGAUGACAACAGGCUGAAACCUGCGAUACGCAGCCACCAGCGCACACCAUCAGGGUCUCGGGAUUUUAAAGAAGCAACAAAGCGAGAUGCUCUCGCCAGGCUGGAAGUGGAACUGGAGCGGCUGCUGGCAGCCUUGCCCGAGAACAAGCAAAUGCUCGUUGAGAAGGAGUUCAGGGGUUUCAAGAAUUUGUUCAGCAGAUUCUUAGCUGAACAGGGUCCAUCUGUGACAUGGGAAAAGAUCGAGAGGCUUCCCGAGGGUGCUGUCAUAGACUACUCCACACUGAAAACGCCGACCACAGACAACAUCCACCACAUGCUGGACAAGUUGGUAGUGGUCAAACUCAACGGUGGUUUGGGUACCUCUAUGGGUUGUAAAGGACCAAAAUCAGUUAUUCAAGUGCGGAACGAAUUGACCUUUUUAGAUUUGACUGUACAACAAAUCGAGCAUCUUAACAAAACUUACAAAUGCAACGUUCCGUUGGUACUGAUGAACUCCUUCAACACGGACGAAGACACGCAGAAGGUCAUCAGAAAAUACAAAGGUCUCAAGUUGGAAAUCCACACAUUCAACCAAUCCUGUCACCCGCGUAUUAACAGGGAGUCCCUGCUGCCAAUAGCUAUGAGCCCUGACGUGCACUCCAACAUCGAAGCUUGGUACCCACCCGGUCACGGCGACUUCUACGAAUCCUUCUACAACUCCGGCCUCCUUCAGAAAUUCAUCAAGGAAGGCAGAACCUACUGCUUCAUCAGCAACAUCGACAAUUUGGGAGCCACCGUCGAUAUGAAUAUCCUCGACCUGCUCCUCAACCCAGAACAGAAAGCUCAAUCAGAAUUCGUCAUGGAAGUGACCGACAAGACGCGAGCUGAUGUCAAGGGUGGAACUCUCAUACAGUACGAGGAGAAGUUACGUCUUCUAGAAAUCGCGCAAGUACCGAAGGAGCACGUCGACGACUUCAAGUCAGUCAGCCAGUUCAAGUUCUUCAACACCAACAACCUCUGGGCGAAGCUGGACGCGAUACAGAGAGUCGUCGAGCGAGGUUCCCUGAACAUGGAAAUUAUCGUCAAUAACAAGAGUCUCGCGGACGGAGUCAACGUGAUCCAGCUCGAAACGGCAGUCGGCGCGGCCAUGAAGUGCUUCGAGGGAGGGAUAGGGGUCAACGUGCCGAGGAGUAGAUUCUUGCCAGUGAAGAAGACGUCGGACUUGUUGCUCGUGAUGUCCAACCUGUACAGCCUGUCGCACGGGUCGCUGGUCAUGUCCCCGCAGAGGAUGUUCCCGACGACGCCGCUCGUCAAAUUGGGGGACAACCAUUUCGCGAAAGUCAAGGAAUUCCUGAACCGAUUCGCGACCAUACCGGAUCUGAUCGAGUUAGACCAUUUGACUGUGUCCGGAGACGUGACCUUCGGCAGAGGAGUCUCUUUAAAGGGUACCGUUAUAGUAAUCGCGAACCACGGAGAUCGAAUCGACAUACCCUCCGGGGCCCUGCUCGAGAACAAAAUAGUGUCGGGCAACCUACGUAUACUGGAUCACUAGGGAAAUUGAACUUUACGUUAUUGUAGUAGGAUUGAAUUUACAUUAUAUUUAGAUAUUUACACGUUACACGUUUGAAUGAAAAACACACAAAACAUAAAAAUAUAUUUAUUAAAUGAAUUGAUAUCAGAAUUACAAACCAAGAGUUCUAAAAUUAUGAAUGGUUAAUUUUAAUCUCAGAUCGUUCAUUGAACAAAUGUAUUUGCAAGCUGCUCAUUCGAUAAGCACAGACAAACUGGUUUUGUAGCUGUUAUCGAAUAUAUUGUGUUAUGUACGCGCGACUUAUGGAUAAGUCGCUGUUGUCUAUGGCUCAAUGGCUUAACUUCGAAAGUGGAUUUGUGAGAUAUAUCGGGGGUUUUCUUUUAAUCGAUAAAAAAAAUUAAAUUAUAAUAUAAAUGUUCUAUAAUUAUUAUUUAUUUAAUUAGAGAUUGAUAGACAGAUAUAUAUGUAUAUUAUUGGGCUCAAAGCAAUCGUUUCGCGUUUUUUUAUAAAGUAAUUAUAAAAUAAUAUAUAUAUUUUUUGUUAUCUGUGCAUUAAUUUAUGUUUCUUAAUUAUCAAAUGAUUUAAAAAAAAAUGGGGUAAUAUAUGCGAUAUAUAGUUGUUUUUUUAAAUAUAUAUAUGUAUGUAUAUAUAAACUAAUUUCUGCAAUGUUAUACCUCUGUGGGGCGCGGCAGGAGGUCUCUUCGAUAUAUUUAUUGGGGAGUGGAGGGCUCGAACUCUGCUUGCACUUCGUUUGUUGUGCAAAGAGGAUCUAUAACUGAAACCACAGUUAAUCGGCUCUGCUUUAAGCCUUUUUUUAUAUAAAUAGUUCUCUUCUACUACGACUUUAUUGAGUAGUUGUCGAUUGAACCGCAGCCAGCUUGCAGUUCGAUAUAAUCGUGAAAGAUCCCAAUAUAAAAAAGCGAAUCGCGAUUUAUAUUGGGAUAACCUGACCCCAGUUUUUCGUAGUAUUCUCUGUGUACGUGUUUUUUAAGACAUAUUUAUAUCGGUUUUAUUUUGGGUAGAAUAAGCUGAAUGCCUCACGUAUUAUACAUACGAUUGUUAACGCUGGGCGAUACAUGUAGGAACAAAUUAAAUGUAUUUUUAAUUGUUGGAUUAAUAUGCUGGAAGGCAAGUCUCGAAGUUGGCUGAGAGAGGCUAUUCUUUAGGAACAAACUCGGUUAUCGGUUGAAUACGGUCGUGUGGUAUGUAACCUUUUUGCAUCAAAAUAGCGUAUCACUGUCCGUUUUCAAAUGAGUGAGAAGUGAGUUACAGAAUAAGCGGAAACGACAGCGAACAGUUAAAAGUGCACAAGGAUACUGUUAAUAUAAAUGUUUUUGUAAAAUUUUCUACUCUCUCGUGAUUUUUUUUGUAUAGCUUAGAUUAAACUUUUAAUAAUAUUUAUUAAUUCGUACCGUUUUGCUGGAAAUUGUGCCAUUACUUAAAAAAUUCUAUUUUGUAUAUUUAUCUUGUUAAUAAAUAUUUUUUUUUCAAUA